AUGCAGAGACUACUAUCGAUCGCUGGGCUUUCUACCCUUCUAUCAGUUGCAUAUGCACAGAAUUCCGCGACUUGCUCAGGAACAUUCACCCCCAUUACUGCGAAGGAAUUCGUUGCGAAUCUCCACCCUGGAUGGAAUUUAGGAAACACACUGGAUGCUAUUCCAGACGAAGGUUCCUGGAACAAUGUUCCUGUUGAAGAGGCAACACUUGAUUUGAUCAAAGAGUCUGGAUUCAAGAGCGUCCGUCUUCCAGUAACAUGGACGCACCAUUUCACGACAAAUUCUUCUGACUGGACUGUCGAUCCGGAAUGGCUGCAACGGGUUUCUGAUGUUCUUGACUUUAUUACAGCUCGUGACCUAUACGCCAUCGUGAACGUCCACCAUGACUCGUGGGAAUGGGCUGAUGUUACCGCGUCCGGAGCAAAUAUAACCCUAAUCGAAGAGAAGUUCUACAGACUAUGGUACCAGAUUGGUACUACGCUGGGUUGCAAGUCGAACCUGGUCGCUUUCGAAUCAAUCAACGAGCCUCCAGCAGAGACUGCCGAGCACGGGGCAGAAAUCAAUAAACUGAACAGCAUCUUCCUCCAAGCAAUCGCCGACGCUGGUGGCUUUAAUUCUCAGCGUGUUGUUAACCUUGUUGGAGGUGGUCAGGACAGCGUCAAGACUUCCCAGUGGUUUGAAGCCCCUGCCAAUAUAACAAAUCCUUGGGCUAUUCAGUUCCAUUACUACAGUCCUUACGAUUUUAUCUUCAGCGCAUGGGGAAAAACAAUUUGGGGCUCCGACAGUACCAAGGACACACUCACGACUGAGUUCGAACUGAUCCGCAAUAACUUCACCGACGUCCCUCUAAUAUUAGGUGAAUACGACGCAUCUGUUACCAACACCGAACCUGCAGCACGCUGGAAGUACUUCGACCAUCUGCAAAAAGUUGCCGCCCAAUUUGAUAUUGCCACCGUCCUCUGGGACAAUGGCGAGGACCAGCUCGACCGAACGACAGGAGAAUGGCGAGACCCUACAACCCUGGAUCUCGUCAUAGGCACGACAGCAGAGACUACCAAUAGCCUCCCCGAUAGCACCGAAGAUGCAGCCGCGUCAGAGCAGUCAUCCUCCGCAUACAUUUUCCACCGCGCCGGCACCCAAGUCACUAACCAGGCCCUGCCAUAUAUCUUCAAUGGCAACUCCCUCGAAUCAAUUACGGAUGCCGCGGGCACAGUUUUGGAAAGCGGCUCUGACUAUUCUGUCUCGGGUGACAAUAUCGUUUUCUCAGCCUCCUACCUUGGAACCAAGUACACUGCUUCCACUGCACCAGGAAUCAUUGAUACUCUAACUCUCGAGUUCGACGGCGGCGUUGCCUCUCCAAGAAUUGAGAUAGUGCAGUGGGAUACUCCCGUUCUGGCCUCAAAGUCCGCUUCCGCUUCUGCCGUGGCAGGCUCUGACCACUCUAUCCCUAUAACAUGGAAGGGCCUUUCCAAGCCUGCAACUGUCAAGGCCCUAACUAACUCUGGCGUGUACCUCUUUGAUGACUGGACCCAGUACCUUGGUCCUCUUGAGCAGGCUCGCACGACCUACAGUAGCCAAUGGAACUGGGAUGAUGAGAAUGUUAUACUCACUUCUGCGGCUAUUGAUGCUGUUGUCGCUGCCGGCGAGACCUCAAUCUUCACGUUCGAGUUUUAUCCUCGUGUUAAUGGGACGUUGAACACGGCUAAUUUCACGUUGACUGUGUAG